AAUUUUUCCAUUUUCUUCGUGGGGAAGAAGAAGUUGAAGAAGAAAGAUCGAGAAUCUUUCAUUAUUUUUCCCUUAAAAACUGGAUUGUGAAUUUUUGAUCUCCAAAGGCGAGAAUCUCUUUCAUAAUUUCGUCCCUUCUUUUUCCACUUAGAGAUCUAGGGUUCCUUUUCGUGUUUCUGUUCAUACCGAUUAUCGCAGUUCGUUUUCCGAAACGGGGGGUUUUUUUCCCUCCCCGACUCGGGUGUCUUGAUUUGUGGAAUUGUUUGGUGAAAUUGGCGUAUUUUUGGAUUGAUUUUCAAUCUUGGUUGGUUCAUUGAUGGUUUCGCUUUCUUGAUUGGAAAUCGAUUUGGAUGGUGGAUUUGAGAGACGGAGAUGGAAAGGGGGCGGAUGAACGGAAAUGGGAAUUAUGAUUUUAGUUACGAGAGCAAUGGUUAUCACGCGUUAGAUCUAGGGGAUGUCUAUGGAGAGAGCACGCCAAAUGGAAGAAGCCCUGGGAAGACGUCGCAGGUUGCAUCUUCUCCUAACUGCAUCGUGCAUCCGGUUUCUAAAUUAGAUACUCUCGCUGGAGUUGCAAUCAAAUAUGGUGUCGAGGUUGCAGAUAUAAAGAAGAUGAAUGGACUGGUCACAGACUUUCAAAUGUUUGCUCUUAAAUCUCUCCAGAUUCCACUUCCUGGAAGACACCCUCCAUCUCCUUGUUUAUUGGACGGUUCAAUUACUCCAGGACAGAGCAGCUCCGAAAGGACCCCAAGUCAACGUCUUUCAUCGGAUUUCUUUGAAUCAUUUCAGUCCCUCAAGUUGAAACCUUCAGAACAGAGGGUCUCCCCAGCCAUGAGCUCUUUACAAGGUUACUAUGGGCUCAAAUCAUCUGAUCAGAAGAGCAGAAACGAUGGUUUUGAAAUGGCAGUCUGGAAAGGCACGUCCCAUUAUUUAGAAGAUGUGCCCAUUUCGGGGACACAACAGCUUUCAGAUUUGCUACUAAUGCAUCACCAUCGAAAGUCCAAAAGUUUAGUCAAUGGAUUUGUGGGUGAGAAAGGAGCAAUGGCAGAUGUGCAAUCUGCAGAAGCCGGGGAUGUGGAUCCCAAAUGGAAUGAGAAAUUGAUCAGAAGGCGCCAGAAAUCUGUAGCUGACUUUUCCCAUUCCCCUGAAAUGGUCUUGAAAGACGACAAUAGCAGUGGAAGUAACGGUUUCUCGUCCUCUGCCGGAAAGGGCUUCUUGGCUCAAAGACCCAAAGCUUCUAGCAGAACUAAUUUGGCCAUCGACAAUGAGGUUGGGUUGAUUCCAAUUCCGAUUGGGUUGGGGGAUUCAUUCGUGGCAGCUGACGGGUUCUCGGCGGUAGUAAGGAAGUCCUCGAGCACGUCGAGUUUGCCAGACCCAGAAAAUGGUACUACUUCAUCGAUCUGGUCAACUUCAAAGUGGAGUUUGAAACCAGAUUUACAGGCCAUUUCGUCUGCUUCCAGACCAAUAUUUGAUGGCUUGCCAAUACCUUUGACGGGUCGAAGAAACAAAGCUGCACUUGAUUAGUUCAUCUGAUAAAAAAGAUAAAAUUUUCUACCCUACUUUUGCUCCAUAAUUUAUCAGGUUUUAAUGCUGUCUUUUAUAGUGUUAAGAAAGAAUACAACUAUAGAUGAAAAUUAAAGAAGUCAAAAUAACACAUCCUUUUCGCUUUUUUGAAUUAUUGGUUUCUUCAAGAUCAGAGAUUAUUGUGUUGAGAACAGUGAAUAUGAUGGAAUGAGCACGUGGGUGUGGCACGAGCUCCACUAGAAGAAUUGAAUAUUGUGAAAGGAAAUUGUAUGCAUUUUACUGUUUCAUAGGAAUUGUAUAUUAGAUUUGUAUCUCAAACUAAGAACAAGAAGAUUUUUUUUAAAGCGUGCUGUUCAGUUUCAAUGUCAUUUUCCUUUCACCAUU